AUGGAGCCUGGACUUGUACCAGAACGCAUACCCUUGGCACAGCAGCCUGUCAAGUCUGCUGUAAAGCGAGUCUUGCCCCCGUCCACAACGGAAUCCCUUCUACCGUUGCUCGAGGGUGAGAAGGAGGCGCGCGCCUAUGAGGAUGAAGAGAAUAGGAAGCGAGCCAAGCGCGAGGUCUAUCUCCAGUGGGACGACUUGGAUGCAGACGACGUGCAUGAUCCUUUGAUGGUGUCGGAAUAUGCCGUGCAGAUUUUUGAUUACAUGCAGGAGCUGGAGGUGCUAACUAUGCCUGAUCCGCGAUACAUGGAUUCUCAAAAGGAAUUGGCCUGGAAAAUGCGAGGGGUGUUGAUUGACUGGCUCGCAGAGGUUCACUAUAAGUUCAAGCUGCUCCCAGAGACGUUGUUCCUGUCUGUGAACCUCAUCGACCGCUUCCUGUCUCUGCGUUCAGUCUCGUUAGUGAAGCUGCAAUUGGUCGGUGUCACGGCGCUGUUCAUCGCGGCUAAGUAUGAGGAGGUGAUGGCACCCUCGGUAGCGAACUUUAUCUACAUGUCCGACGGUGGAUUCAAGGACAAAGAGAUUCUGCAGGCCGAGCGGUACAUGUUGCAGACAUUGGGCUUCCAGCUGUCGUACCCUAGCCCCAUGAACUUUUUGCGUCGCAUCAGCAAGGCCGAUAACUACGAUAUUCACUCGCGUACCGUCGCAAAGUACUUGAUGGAGAUCCCUCUUCUAGACUGCAACUUUUUAGAGUGUCCGCCUUCGAUGAUCUCUGGAGCUGCGCUCUGUCUCGCGAGGAGGAUGAUGGGGCAUUAUGAUUGGCAUGACAACUUAGUGCAUUAUUCCGGCUACACAGAGGAGGAGCUGAUGCCAUGCAUGGAACGUAUGGUGCAUUAUCUACAGCGACCACUCAAGUCCCAGACCUUUAUCUUCAGGAAGUACUCGACGAAACGAUUUUUGAAGGCAUCGAUUUUUGUCAGGGAAUGGGUUUACAAUAUGACUCGGGAAAUGGAAAUGCAACAACUGCAAGCCGAAGCUGGGGGAUUUUGA